CCGUAGCGGGAAGCGCGGCGCUGGGCCCGGGCAUGGCGGCGGCCGGCGCGGGGGGCGGGAAGGCUCCGGGCCGCCUGCUGAGGACUUCAAGGAUUCUGGACCACUGUUACUGAAAUGAUACUACAGAAGGCAGCAAUUGCAUUGUGUUUGUUGGAUGAAACCCGAGUAUUUGCUGUCAGUGAAGUGGGUGAAACCCCUAGCUGCAGUUUACAUGUGUAGGUCACUGCGCUACUGUGUUAGCCACUGUCUCUAUGCGGCAAUGACAAGGCUAGAAGAAGCAAACAGAGAAGUGAACAUGCACUCAUCUGUCAGAUACCUUGGCUAUCUUGCCCGAAUCAACCUGCUGGUUGCCAUUUGCAUGGGCCUUUAUGUCAGGUGGGAAAAAACUGCAGAUGCACUGAUUUUGGUAAUAUUUAUUCUGGGGCUCUUUGUUCUUGGAAUUGCCAGCAUACUGUACUACUAUUUUUCAAUGGAAACAGCAAGUUUGAGUCUCUCCAAUCUUUGGUUUGGUUUUUUGCUUGGCCUUCUCUGUUUUCUCAAUAAUACUGCCUUCAAAAUGGAUGUGAAAGAAGAAGCUACAAAAUAUUUGCUUCUCUCUGCCAUUGUUUUAAGGAUAUUAUGUGCUUUAGUUGAAAGGAUUUGUGGUUGUGUCCAUCAUCGACCAACUCUGCUGACAACAGUUGAGUUUUUGGAGCUAGUUGGAUUUGCAAUUGCCAGCACAACUAUGCUGGUAGAAAAAUCUGUAAGUAUUAUUCUGUUGGUCUUGGCUUUGGCCAUGUUGAUUAUUGACUUACGUAUGAAGUCUUUUUUGGCAAUUCCAAAUUUGGCAAUUUUUGGAGCCAUUGCAUCCCUACUCUUUUUUCCAUCACUGCAAAUCCCCACAAACCCUUUUGCCUUGGCGUGUUUCUUCAGCUGCCUCAUUUCAGAUCCCCUUCUCGACGUUUACUUCAGUGGACUUUCGGUUACUGAGCGGUGGAAGCCGUACCUGUACCGUGGUAAAAUCUGCAGGCGGCUUUCUGUCAUCUCAGUUGGAGUCAUUGAACUAAUCUUUUUCAUUCUUGCAGCCUUUAAACUACGGGAUUUGGACCUCUGGUAUUUUGUGAUACCUGGUUUUUCUAUUUUUGGAAUUUUCUGGAUGAUCUGUCAUGUGAUUUUUUUUAUAACUCUUUGGGGAUUUCACACAAAACUCAAUGACUGCCACAAGGUGUACUAUACUCACCGAGCAGAAAACAACAGCCUGGACAGAGUCAUGGCAUCUAAAGGAAUGCGUCACUUCUGUUUGAUCUCAGAGCAGCUGGUAUUUUUCAGCCUUGUUGCGACUGCUGUUUUGGGAGCAGUCUCUUGGCAGCCGACCAAUGGGAUCUUCAUGAGUGCAUUUCUGAUUGUUCUGCCUUUGGAGUCCAUGGCUCAUGGGCUUUUCCAUGAGCUGGGAAACUGCUUGGGAGGAACGUGUGUCGGGUAUGCUGUUGUGAUUCCCACCAACUUUUGCAGUCCUGAUGGCCAACCAACUCUUCUUCCACCUGACCAUGUCCAAGAGUUAAAUCUGAGGUCUACUGGCAUGCUUAAUGCCAUCCAAAGAUUUUUUGCUUAUCACAUGAUUGAGACAUAUGGUUGUGACUACUCUACGAGCGGGCUGACCUUUGAUACCCUUCACUCCAAGAUCAAGUCUUUUCUUGAGCUUCGGACUGCAGAUGGACCCAGACACGAUACCUACAUUCUGUACUACAGCGGGCACUCACACAGCACUGGUGAAUGGGCACUGGCAGGGGGUGAUGCUUUACGACUUGACACGCUGUUGGAGUGGUGGAGAGAAAAGAACGGCACUUUUUGUUCUCGGCUGAUCAUUGUUUUAGACUGUGAGAACUCUCAGCCUUGGGUUAAAGAAGUAAGGAAAGUAAAUGACCAGUAUGUUGCUGUGCAAGGAGCAGAAAUGGCCAGAGUUGUAGAUGUUGAGGAAGCAGACCCUCCACAGCUUGGUGACUUCACCCGGCAGUGGGUUGAGUACAACUGUAACCCUGACAGCAACAUCAGCUGGUCUGAAAAGGGUCGCACGGUGAAAGCCAUGUAUGGAGUGUCAAAGCGCUGGAGCGACUACACUUUGCAUUUGCCAACGGGAAGCGAUUUUGCCAAACACUGGAUGAUGUACUUCCCACGCAUCACCUAUCCAUUGGUACAUUUGGCAAACUGGUUUUGUGGUCUCAAUCUAUUCUGGGUCUGUAAAGCGUGCUUUAGGUGCUUGAAAAGAUUGAAAAUGAGUUGGUUUCUUCCCACAGUGCUGGAUACAGGACAGGGCUUCAAACUCGUCAAAUCCUAAUCAGCAACCAAAGAGAAAAUGAAGUGAGAGCUUUGUGAACUUUCUCACUGUACCAUACUUUAAAUUUUUUCUAUGACUAUUUUUCUCUAAAAAGUCUGCUCUACUCACUUUAUUCAGCUUUUUGAGCAGCUACAGUAUAUGCAACAGUUAGAAAUUGCAAUCUUAAACAGAAGAGGGUAGAACUAUGAUAUUUUGAAUUUUGUUACAUGUACAUAUGUAAGAGACCUAUUUAAUAUGACCAUGCAUUUUGGAGACAGGUCCCAUGUUCAUAUGUCUCACUUAAGCAGCCUUUGUUUAGAGACACCAGUUUGAUGGACAGGAGUUCCUGUGAAUGUUACACGAUGCUUAUCUGUUGUUUAUGUUCACUAUACAAUUUAAAUACAGGAAAGGAACCAAGCUAAUAUUCCAAUCAAUUUACGUGUGCUUGAAAUUAUGUGGUGGGAUCACUGAGCCAAAAAAAAAAAACCCAGAAUAAAUAGCUACUGUAUGUAAGUAGCUACCAAAAAGCUUUAGUUUUAUUUGCUUUUACAUCUCGUGCCCUGCCUCAGUUCUCUACUGCCAUCAGUGGAAAUUUGCCGUGGAAAACAAGGAAAUUAGACAAUCCUCUAAUGCUCUGAUACUUCUCAGAUAGUGUGUUUUGAAAUGAGUUUUAAAAAUAUUCAGUGUUACUUUCAUUAAAUGUCUUGCUGGUGAUCUUUGAGCAUACAUUCCCAGAAGUUAAUUUAUAUAUGGAAUAAAAACUGCAGUGAACAUUUUUCCCUCAGGUGAUCUGAGGGAAAUCCCUUAGCUGAUUCUGAAUUUUCCAGGCUCUUACUAGUUUGUAUUUUGAAAAGCUACUCUGAAGAAAACAAAGCAAAACAAAACCCAAAGAAUUUAACAAAGAAAAGAAUCCUUAGAUAAAAAAUGGGAAUACAAGUAUUGCCUUGCUUCCAUGUUUAUCUGAAGUCUUUGGUGUGCCUAAGAUCUUGAUUCUGUGAAGUUCUGAGUACAGAGCUGGACCAGUGAGUUCAUUAUCUAUUAAAACCAAAAGCCAAGUUUGAAUGGAUUAUUACCUUAGAGGAAGAGGGAAUCGUCAGUAUUCCUUAAGUCUUUUCUCCCACCCACAAGGUCCUGAUUUUAAUCCUUCCAGAGCUGGAUGGGACUCUAGAAAUCCUUUCCUUCAGUCAUAAAAGCUACAUAGCUUUCUUUAUGCCAUUUUCUGCCAUUUUCUCAAGUACAGAAAAUUAGGGGUGGAACAAGUAAGUGGCUAAGACAGUACAAUUUGUGGUGGUUUAUUUGCAUAUGUGUGUGUGCAAUUCAGUAGACAUACAGUUUACUUUUUUCUGUUACCAUCAGUAUUUUAAUAAAAGUCUUAGGGAGUAGCUGA